AUGUCUUCUCCAACAACCACCAUAUCAAUAGCUACACCUCGCCACAACAGAUCCCUUACUAACAACCCUAGCGAGUCCUCACCAACACCACGCAAGCGCAAACGCAAUGCAAGCACUGCAAGAAGCCAACAAUUCCUGGCAACGAUAGAGCUCCUUAAUGACCUCGGUAACUUCUGUGGCGUUGGAACUAUCGACAUGCCCAUGCCACGCAGGGCUGCUGUGGGCAUGGAGGCGCCGGAUGGCUGGUUCUGGCUUGAAACUCCGGGACGGUCUUACCAAUUCCCCAAGCAGUCGAUACAGGCCAAGAUGGUUGUACUUGUCGAAGCUGGGUGGUUGAGAUGCACCUACCAGAUGAUUCCUAACUCACAAUCAAGUGCCAGGCUUAGGAUCUACGUUCUCCCAGAUGAUGUUGGCAGGACUUAUAUCAAACGGGAAGACACAACCCUGCGGAAAUGUUUGAAAGUCGUUGUUUCAGCGACAGAUGAUUCAAAGCAGAAAUGGGAAAUGAGCGAAAGUCCAGACUGCGAAAGACAAGAUGUACCAGAGAACGAGGGGACCGCUAGUCUGUUCUACAUGUUCAACAAAUUGAAGUCACCUGCACCAGAUUCGGAAAGUUUCUGGAUCAAGGAUGAAAACACAAAGGAGUUGAUUAAUGACGUCCUUACCACAGAUUUGCCAGAGAUAAAGACCACCCUAUAUAGGCAUCAGAAGAGGACUGUAGCAAUGAUGAUGCAAAAGGAGCUGGCACCAGAGCAAACAAUGGACCCUAGGUUGACAAAUGUACAUGGACCCGAUGGAGGUGUCUAUUUUCACGACUUUGAGACUACAGAGCUCUUCCAGGACCCAAGGUAUUUUGAGGAUGUGAAGGGUGGUAUUUUGGCUGAGGAAAUGGGCACUGGUAAAACCCUCGUGUGUUUAGCCCUUAUCCUUGCUACAAAAACCCAGGUCAGCUUCACCCCCGAAGAAUAUGAACAACCUCCACAAGUCCGCCCCGCUGUGGGCAGCUUAAUGGAUAUGUGCAUUGCAUCCAUCUGGCGCAACGCCAUCCCAUGGAAGCAAUACUCAGGCACCGACCAGCUGCCCGAUAACUGCGAAAGGGCAAUCCUGGACAGCCAUGGCUACUACGAAAUACAGCCACCCAUGCGGUCCCGCAGCAGCCGCUACGACGCUGACCCCGCGCUCAAAGAAAAGAUCUACCUCGGGUCUGGGACCAUUAUCGUGUGUCCCCAGAACCUUGUUGAACAGUGGCAGGGCGAGAUAGAGAAGCACUUAGAAAAGGAUGCUCUCAAGGUUCUCACGUGCGGGAAUUCCAAGGAUCUGAUACCAACUAUUCAGGAGCUGCUGAAAUACGAUGUCGUCAUCUUCUCGAGAAGCAGGUUCGAUAAAGAAGCGCGGGAAGGACUCGAUCAAAGAGGCCGCAGGGAAUCGGGUGGGAAGCCACUCAUCUGUACGUGCCCAUACGUGGGAGCAACGCGGACCCCGAACUGUUCCUGCUUCAGAAAAGAAGAUGUUUAUAAGUCCCCGCUCAUGUCGAUCCACUGGAAGAGGCUUAUUGUCGACGAAGGUCAUUCCAUGGCAUCAGGCUCAAAGACAAAUAGUGUCCUGGUUGCCGAUAAGCUUCCCGUAGAGCGCCGGUGGAUCGUGACAGGAACACCAACCAGCGAGCUUGUCGGUAUUAUGACUGGGACGGCGAUGGACAGCGUAGAGGACCAGGAGGCCUAUAUGGAUAAGCUUCUUGAGGAUAGGAAGGAGAUCAAGAUCAAUGAAGCCGCACAGCUGGAAAGGGUUGGGAAGAUGGUGUGCGACUUCCUCAAGCAGGAGCCGUGGACUUUAUCCCAGUGGAAGCGGUACAUGAAUCCCACACGGAUGAAGUCCAUGCUCGAGAAGUUCUUCAUCCGCCACACGGCUAAGGAUAUAACGUUCUCUGUAGAACUUCCGCCCUUGUACCAGAAGGAUGUGGCUUUGGAGCCUAGUUACUUUGACAAGAUCUCUAUGAACCUGUUUAUUGGAGCGUUGGCAGUCAAUGCGGUAACCAGUGAGAGGUCAGAUAAGGACUAUAUGUUCCACAAAGACAACAAGGCUAACCUAAGGAAACUGACUGAUAACCUUCUGAAGAGAGCUGGGUUCUAUUGGUCCGGAUACUCUCCUGAGGACAUUGGAUCGUAUGUCAAGACCAGUAGGAAGUAUCGAAAGACCAAGAACUGCACACCCGAAGACAAGACACUGCUCGAGAAGUCCAUCGCCGCCGGAGAAACAGCUCUCAACGAUCCAACAUGGAGAAAUAUCACCACCUACCACGAGAUGGUCUACUUCCUCUCCGACUUUCCCAACCAGCUCGCCGAGCAAUGGGGACUCAUCCCCGGCGCCACCCCCAGGAACGGCCUCCACGAAAUUAGCGGCGCCCAAAUCCAGAAUCUCCAAAAGUCCCUCAACGCCCAUAGCUGGCUCGAAUACGACGCCCUAAUACUCAAGCUCAAAGCACUCGGCCGGGCCUUCCACAACACCCGCGAUAGCAAGCACCACCCCCAACCAGGCAACGACCCCCACCACACCGCCACCCCCAAAACCCCCCCGCCAACCCGCCCACGCUUCCCCGACCUCUCCACCAUGCCCGCCCUCUCAAAACCGCAUAUUGUCGGCACGGCCUCCAAAAAGCUAACCUACCUCGUCACUGAAAUCCGCAAGCACCACACCACCGAGAAAACUCUCGUCUUCUACGAAGACCAGGACACCGCCUGGUACCUCACCCAGGCGCUCGAGCUCCUCGGCAUCGAAACCCUCGCCUACUCCACUGGCCUCAGCCCCACCCUAAAGUCACUCCACCUCCGCACCUUCCAGGAAUCGCAAAAGUACCGCGUCCUCAUCAUGGACCUGCGCCAGGCUGCGCAUGGCCUCAAUGUCUGCGCCGCCUCGCGCGUCUACUUUGUCAACCCGGUCUGGCGCGGCGACGUCGAGCGGCAGGCCGUGAAGCGCGCGCACCGAAUCGGGCAGACGAGAGAGGUACACGUCGAGACGCUGUACCUGAAGGGUACGGUCGAAGAGGCCGUGUUGGCGCGCCGAAGGGAGAUGUCGGAGCGCGAGAGAGGCGAUGCAAAGACGCUGGUGGACGACGAGGCCAUGUGCGAGAUUAUCAGGGACUGGGAGUUCCUGCCGAUCACGGCGGGGGAGGAGAAGCGUCCUGCGUGUAUGUUGGAGGACUCCGAGCCGCUGUUUGGGCACGGCAAGCAUGGCGGCGUGUAUGACAAGGUUGAGGGGCUUCCGGGCGAUCCGGCGGUGGCGCAGGUGAAGAGGGAGAGGAGGUCUAGGGCUACGUCUACGCCAAAGAGGAAGAGGACGCCGGGCGCGGAGGAGCCGCCCAAGAGGAAGAGGUAUGGGUUUAUGGGGAAUCCGGGGAGGGAUUGGGUCCCGGAGGAGGGGGAGGAGGAUACUGGGGAUGGUAAUGACUCGGGGGCCUCGGGGGCCGCAGGGACGAAGGUCGUUCGGUUUGCGUGA